CUGAACUUAUUCCAAUUAGAUCAAAACUCUUCUGAUGAGCUGAAGAGAACAUGGCCUUAGUCCCAAAAAUUAAAGAGAAAGAAAAACGAUAGUUACUCCUCAAAUUAAGUGUAAUGGAAAAGUGAUGACAAUGUAAUCAGUCAAUCGCCGGUAGACCACAGUUCAACGUUAGCGAUCGUAGACGACACUCUCUUGGCCAACAAUGACGAAUGGCAGUGUGACAGUGAUAGUGUGGCAGUUGUUGCGUGACAAUGUGCUAUUGGCAUGGGACACACGCAUGGCACGACAAGGAAGGAAGGCUGAAUCCGAGUGGGAUUUGAAUGGGAACGGGCAGUGUGCACCACACUCUGUGCCAAGAGAAAAAUUGGGUUCAUUGAUGGAUCCAUUCUCCUGCCAGAAGGAGACAAAGAAGAAGUAAAAGAAUGGUGGAUCUGGAACGCCAUGUUGGUUUCAUGG